AUGGCGUCCUUUAACCCUACCCAAAUCUUCGACGAUGGUACUACAGAGGAGAAAGGAGAGAAUGCUCGUCUCUCGGCGUUCGUUGGAGCUAUUGCUGUUGGAGAUUUAGUAAAAUCCACCUUGGGACCCAAGGGUAUGGACAAGAUCUUACAGUCUGCUUCUACGGGUGAGAUUAUGGUCACAAACGAUGGUGCUACGAUCCUUAAAUCUAUCGCUCUCGACAACGCAGCUGCCAAAGUUCUCGUCAACAUCUCGAAAGUUCAGGACGACGAGGUUGGAGAUGGAACUACAUCUGUUACCGUAUUAGCUGCAGAGCUGCUACGGGAGGCCGAGAAGUUGGUUGAUAAGAAGAUUCAUCCCCAGACUAUCAUCGAAGGCUACAGAAUAGCCAGUCACGCAGCCCUUGCAGCAUUAGAGAAAUCUGCGGUGGAUCACAGUAGUGAACCCGAAGCUUUUAAAAAGGAUCUUCUGGCCAUUGCACGGACGACUCUGAGCUCUAAAGUUCUGUCCCAAGAUCGAAAUCACUUUUCGGAGCUCGCAUGCGAUGCUGUACUCAGGAUGAAGGGUUCUGCGGAUCUCAGUCAUAUCCAAAUAAUCAAGAAGGCCGGUGGAAAGCUCAGCGACUCAUAUCUUGAUGAAGGGUUCAUUCUCGACAAGAAGAUUGGUGUGAACCAGCCAAAGAGACUUGAAAAGGCCAAGAUUCUGGUAGCAAACACUGCUAUGGAUACCGACAAGAUCAAGAUCUUCGGAGCCCGUGUCAAGGUUGGAUCUACUGGAAAGCUUGCAGAUUUGGAGAAGGCAGAGAAGGAAAAGAUGAAGGCAAAGGUAGACAAGAUCAAGGCACACGGCAUCAACUGCUUCAUCAACCGACAACUCAUCUAUAAUUGGCCCGAACAACUUUUCUCCGAUGCUGGAAUCAUGUCCAUUGAACAUGCGGACUUUGACGGUAUUGAGAGACUGGCCUUAGUUACUGGCGGAGAGAUCACAUCGACAUUUGAGCACCCAGACCAGGUCAAGCUUGGACACUGUGAUUUGAUUGAGGAAGUGAUCAUUGGCGAAGAUACUUUGAUCAAAUUCUCUGGGGUAGCAGCUGGCCAGGCUUGCACUAUCGUCCUAAGAGGAGCUACAGAGCAGCUACUUGAUGAAGCCGAGCGGUCGCUCCAUGAUGCUCUUGCAGUGCUAUCACAAACCGUCAAGGAGCCAAGAACCACUUUGGGAGGAGGCUGUGCGGAGAUGUUGAUGGCUAAGGCAGUUGAGGGUGCUGCGUUGAAGGUCGAUGGAAAGAAACAGAUUGCUGUUGGAGCUUUCGCGAUUGCUCUUCGACAACUGCCGACCAUCUUGGCCGACAAUGCUGGUUACGACUCUAGUGAACUUGUCGCCAAGCUCCGAACUGCAAUCUACGAUGGCAUGACUAAUUAUGGUUUGGAUCUGCUCACCCCUGGGGGUGGUAUCACAGAUAUGAGAGAGUUGGGCGUCAUUGAGAGCUACAAGCUUAAAAAGGCGGUCGUGUCAUCUGCUUCCGAGGCAGCAGAACUUCUCCUGAGAGUAGACAACAUUAUCCGAAGCGCACCAAGGAAACGUGAGAGGUGA